AUGGUCAAUAUAAUGAACGGCGAAAGACGGACCGGUGUGGAAGAGGAGUUCAUCAGAAGACAUCACAAGCAUGAGGUUGGAGAAAAUCAAUGUAGUUCGUCAUUGGUUAAGCACAUCAAAGCUCCUGUUCAUCUUGUGUGGUCCUUGGUGAGGAGAUUUGAUCAGCCACAAAGGUACAAGCCAUUCGUGAGUACUUGCAUAGUGCAGGGUGAUUUGCAGAUAGGAACUGUUAGAGAAGUAAAUGUGAAGUCGGGACUUCCAGCUACCACUAGCAAAGAGAGAUUGGAGCUUCUAGAUGACGAGGAACACAUCUUUAGCAUGAGGAUUGUGGGUGGGGAUCACAGGCUAAAGAACUACUCUUCCAUUGUCACUGUUCAUCCUGAGAUCAUUGAUGGGAGGCCGGGGACGAUGGUGAUCGAGUCAUUUGUUGUUGAUGUGCCUGAUGGAAACACCAAAGAUGAAACAUGUUACUUCGUUGAGGCCUUUAUCAAGUGCAACCUCAAGUCACUGGCUGAUGUUUCCGAGCGUUUAGCCAUUCAGGACCGAACAGAGCCAAUUAGUAGAGUUUGA